AUGGAGGUGGAUAUGAAGCCCCGCAGGGUGAGGGUGAGCGCUGCAGCCAACGAGCAGACGCCGCCGUCUUGGUGCAGCAUCUGCCUGGAGCCGGUGGUGACGCGGUGCGGGCACCUCUACUGCCGGCCGUGCAUGUACCGGUGGCUCGACUCCAAGCAGCACGACGUCGGGCGGUGCCCCGUCUGCAAGGCCGCCGUCUCCGAGGAACACCUCGUGCCGCUCUACGGCCGUGGCUGCAGCAGCGGCACUACUGGUAGUGGUCUGCAUCUGCAUAGUACGACGUGCCGAGGUCCGAGUCCGACCACAUACUUCAACGGCAUUGCCCUGGCGGUCCUACUUCCCUGGGCGACAACUACAAGGGGCGCCGAGAGGCCGAGGCCGCCAUCGAUGCGUCUGAACUGGAAUGGAGACAGGAGGGUGGCACGGCGGCGACCAUAGUGCAGCAGAUAUGGCUCUUCCCAGCCACGGCAGCCCUCCUCUGCUUCCUCUCCUCCUCUGAGUUACAA